AUGGUUGGUCUAUCUAUCUUGAAAGAAGUCAUAAAUUUAUCAAAAAAGAAAAAGAUUGUUUUGUAAAUAGAAGCAACUGAGAAAUUAGAGCAACAAGACGGACAAUGGCGAGCGAAGAUCAGAAAUUCCCAGCACAAAGCCAGGAAACUCAACCAGGCAAACAAUAUUUGAUGAAUCCACUUCCCAUUUCUGUCAAUCCGAAUUAUAAACCAUCCAACAAACUUCAUGGAAAGGUGGCAUUAGUAACUGGAGGAGAUUCGGGGAUAGGAAGAGCAGUUUGUUACUAUUUUGCACUCGAGGGUGCAACUGUUGCCUUCACUUAUGUUAAAGGCCCGGAGGAUAAAGAUGCAGAAGAUGCCUUGGAAUUGAUAAGAAAAGCUAAGGUCAGUAAUGCACAUGAACCAAUUGCCAUUCCUGUUGAUCUUCGAGGUGAACAGAAUUGCAAGGAGGUGGUUGAGAAGGUAGUUAGCAACUUCGGAUGCAUCGACGUCUUAGUGAAUAAUGCAGGAGUUCAAUACUAUGCAAAAAGCAUUGAAGAAAUCACUGAGGACCAGCUCAAAACGACAUUUGAAAUCAACAUUUUUGCAUACAUUUUCUUGGCAAAGCAUGCAAUAAAGCACAUGAAAGAAGGAAGCUGCAUAAUCAACACAGCCUCCGUAUUGGCAUACAAAGGAGAAGAAACUCUUGUUGAUUACAGUGCCACAAAAGGAGCCAUUGUGACCUUCACUAGAAGCCUCGCCCUCCAACUAAUUAAACGAGGAAUUCGAGUGAAUGGGGUAGCACCAGGUCCCAUCUGGACUCCUCUGGAAGUAGCUUCACUUCCUGUAGAAAGGGUUGUCACUUUUGGUUCAGAGGCGGCUAUGGAUAGAGCAGGACAACCCUUUGAACUCGCACCAUCUUAUGUAUUCCUUGCAAGCAACGACUGUUCAUCCUACUUCACUGGACAAUUCCUCCAUCCUAAUGGUGGGAUGAUCGUUAAUGCCUGAUCGGAUCGAUCCAAGUGUAUCCUCGAGCUAAUUCAACAAAUACAAUUAUGGAUUGGUUAACUAAUUCGUGCUACUCUCUCCGUCCCAUUUUUAUAGUCUUGUAUUCUAUUUUGAGCGUCCCAAAUUAUAGUCAUUUUUUAUUUUUGGCCAUUAAAUUUUUACUUUUCCAUGUACUAUAUUAAAUAAAAAUACAUUAAAAGUACGACAAAACAAAAACAUGUACUAUAUUACAAUCUAUCUAUACUAUAUAUUAAAAGGCGUUUGUAAGAAA